UUUCAAUCCAACUUUUUAUCGAAGCGUAAAGUUUGUUCCCUAUUCAAAUUGAACAAAAAAGAUACCCACUUUCUCUCUUUGUUCCCGGAAAGCCACCGACCCUUGUAACCUCCUCCACUCCUCCAUCUCCUUCUCUCUCUAUAUGUAUACAUUUUGUAUGUUUGUAUACAUCUCUCUAAUAACUUGCUGCUUGUUCAUGUUUUGCUGACCUAACACAACACUCUCUAUGACUAUACUUUUCCUUCUUUCAUUCAAUUGAGUUUUGUUUUUUUGUAUAAAAUAUUGUCGGUUUGGAGUUUUUAGAGCAACCCCAUUUAUCUAUUUUCCCUUUACUGUGUCUUCAUGAUCAGUACAAACUGAAAAGAGGGGGUUAAAGCUUAUAAAGAAAGAUUUUUUUCAGUUUUUUCAACAUGAAAAGACCAAAAUUUGACUUGUUUAUGUCACUCAGUAGGCAAAGAUCUUUGCAAGUUUUGAUUUUGUUAGGACUUUGUUAUGUAUUUUUGGUGGGUCUUGAAGUUCCUUUUGUAUUCAAAAAUGGGUUUAGUUUAGUUUCUCAAGAAGGUUUUGGUGCUGGACAGUUAGAGAGGUCUUUAGUGGUUGGUAGUGAAGAAGAAAAAAGGGCACCAAAUCGCCCUUUAGAUGUUCCACGUAAGGUUCCAAGUGAAUUGAAGAAUGAAAGGAAGAUUAGUGAAAUCAAGAAUCCAUUGUCAAGUUUAGUGUUUGAUGGUAGUUAUGUGAAUAUGAGUAGUAAUGAUGGGUUUUCUGGGAUUUUGAAGUCAGCAAAAGAGGCUUUUGAAGUAGGUAAAAAGUUCUGGAAAGAGUUGGAAUUGUAUAAAAAGGAAGUGGGGUUUGUGGAAAGUAGUGGUAACAAGUCAGAAGAAUGUCCUCAAUCUAUUUCAAUGACAGGGUCUGAUUUUGUGGGGAAAGGGAGAAUGAUGGUGUUGCCAUGUGGGCUUACUCUUGGUUCACAUUUAACUGUUGUAGGGAGGCCAAAAAGGGCACAUCAGGAGAAUGAUCCAAAGAUAUCAUUGUUGAAGGAAGGUCAAUUCUUGAUGGUUUCACAGUUUAUGAUGGAGUUACAAGGGUUGAAGACUGUUGAUGGAGAGGACCCACCAAGGAUUCUUCACUUUAAUCCAAGGUUGAAAGGUGAUUGGAGUGGGAAGCCUGUGAUUGAGCAGAACACUUGUUAUAGGAUGCAAUGGGGGACUGCUCAAAGGUGUGAUGGGUGGAGGUCCAGGGAUGAUGAGGAGACUGUUGAUGGCCAGGUAAAAUGUGAAAAGUGGACGCGAGAUAAUGACACUAACCAUUCCGAGCAAUCAAAGGCGUCUUGGUGGUUAAAUCGGCUAGUAGGGCGAAAAAAGAAGGUCGAUUUUGAUUGGCCAUUCCCAUUUUCAGAGGAUAGGUUAUUUGUGCUAACUCUCAGUGCUGGUUUGGAGGGUUAUCACGUAAAUGUUGAUGGGAGGCAUGUGACCUCAUUUCCAUAUCGAAUUGGAUUUGCGCUUGAGGAUGCCACUGGCUUAUCAUUGAAUGGUGACAUUGAUAUCGAUUCAAUCUUUGCUGCCUCCUUGCCCUCAUCACAUCCUAGUUUUGCUCCUCAAAGGCAUCUUGAUAUGUCAAACAGAUGGAAGGCACCACGCCUCCUUGAUCAGCCUGUGGAUCUGUUCAUUGGCAUUCUGUCUGCAGGCAAUCAUUUUGAUGAGCGAAUGGCUAUAAGGAGGUCUUGGAUGCAGCAUCAUCUAAUCAAAUCUUCAAAUGUUGUGGCUCGAUUCUUUGUCGCAUUGCAUGCUAGGAAGGAUAUAAACGUGGAGUUGAAGAAAGAGGCAGAAUUCUUUGGUGACAUCGUCAUUGUUCCCUUCAUGGACAAUUAUGAUCUUGUUGUCUUGAAAACAGUUGCCAUCUGUGAAUAUGGGGUCCAUGUAGCAUUUGCUAAAAAUAUCAUGAAGUGUGAUGAUGACACAUUUGUUAGAGUGGACGCAGUUAUCAAGGAAAUAAAUAAAAUACCCGAGAAUAGGAGCUUAUAUGUUGGAAAUAUCAAUUACUAUCAUAAGCCCCUGCGUAAUGGUAAAUGGGCAGUGACAUAUGAGGAAUGGCCAGAAGAAGAUUAUCCACCUUAUGCGAAUGGACCAGGUUACAUUAUUUCAUCAGCCAUUGCAAACUUCAUCGUCUCAGAGUUCAAUAGUCAUAAGCUAAAGUUGUUCAAGAUGGAGGAUGUCAGCAUGGGAAUGUGGGUCGAAAAAUUUAAUAGCUCAUCUAGUCCUGUGCAAUAUGUACAUAGCUUGAAGUUCUCCCAAGCUGGAUGUGUAGACGACUAUUAUACCGCUCAUUACCAGUCCCCUAGACAGAUGAUUUGCAUGUGGAACAAAUUACAACAGCUAAGCAGACCUCAAUGCUGUAACAUGAGAUGACACUUAGAAUGGUAUUUGGAAACUGUCCCAGUAACACAAGGAUAGACAAGUUUUGCACUUAAUAGAACCAUCAUCUGUAUAUUUUCUGGAGGACACUUGUUUUUUAUAUGAUAGGGCUGCUUAGGUGCCUUGAAAAUUCACUUUUGCCUUUCUCUACUUCCCACCUUUUUUUAAAAAAAUAAAAAUUUCCAAGUACUUUCAGAUAGGUACAUAAAUGUGCAUUUUAGAAUCUCACACACACUUUUGGAUGUAACUUUCCAUAGAAUAACAGCAGCAGAAGGAAACACAUUUGAGAUUCCAUGAAGUUUCCUUUUUUUCUUCCUUCUCUUUAUUAAAAACACAAUAAUAUGGUACUACUACGUUUCAAAUA